CGUCCAAGGUAGAAGGCGCAUACAUUAUGAUUGGAUGAAUAGUUUUAUUGAGUGUCUGACCAAUUGGUCAUAAUAAAAAGUUAUUACUUUCAUGAAAAAAUAAGGUAUUUCGGAUCAAGACUUCAGACAACUUGGGCAACGAGCUGGAUGACCAUGAUACGGAUAACAACGAUAGUCCUUUAUAUUUCUUAUAUCUUACUUGGGGAAGGCCUUGUAACACUGAGAGGUAACUACUGCCGGACCACCACAAUGUGUGCCAUCCGGAACAAAAAGCUAACCGGGAAUGUUAUAGAGUCGUUCACGGCAAGAUCAAAACUCCAGUGCAUCUCUCAAUGUUUGGCAACACCUGCCUGUGAAUCGUUCAACUAUAAUGCCGCAACCAAGCUGUGCGAGGUGUCUGACGUGUUGUAUGGACAUGAACCAACGGCGAUGGUAGAUGCACCGGGAUUCUUCUACUACUCCCCGGCUACAGACAACUGCCCGGAGAGUGGAAAGCUGCCAAUGCCUGGCUGUACCAUAUUUGAGACAUGCGAGGAACAGAAGAAGCUAUCAUGUGGACAUAGCUAUUACUGCAGCUGUAUGCCAAGGCAAGCCACGCCAAUACCUACUAAGGUGACAUUUGAUAGCAAGACAUUCACAGCAACAAGAAGCCUUCUUGAUGAUGAUCCAGUCACCUACAUAGAGUCUGUAAAGAUGCAAGUCCCAAGGAUGAUGAUACUGUUCACUAGCGUGGUUAACAUCAGUGUCAUUACCUUUUACUCAGACAAUUAUCUCUCCGGAUACAAAGUAGAAGUCAUCAACAUGGACUCAAACGGAAGAGCAUCUGCAGUCAACUGCAAUUCUGUCACAAAUACGGACCCGAAACGUGCCGACUGGAAGGAUUAUGUAUGUGGGACGAAACCAGCGACUGGGAACUAUGUUUACAUCACAUACCAGCAAGUCAAACAAGAAUCAAGCCUGUUCAUCAUGUAUAGUGAUACAGAUGUUGUAUCUAUGAAAAUAUGUGAGGCAAAGUUUUACCAGUGAGAAUUGUAUCGCAAGUGAGGGACAAGUUUUGUGCCCGCGAACGAGCAAUUUAAAUCACAGACAAAUUGCAGGUACCU